UAUAUAUAUAUAUAUAUAUAUUUAGAAUAGUUAUAUAUGGGCACAUACAUUGAAUAUUAUUGCUAAUUUAAUUUAUUUAUGUGCAACAAUAUUAGCAUAUUAUUUUUAUCGAAAUGACAAAAUAACAAAUUCAACAAUUGUACUUCUAUUACAAAUAUUUGGUGAUAUUGUCUAUCUAAUUGAUGCUUAUCUUUAUCAUGAAUGUUGGCAACGAGAUAAAAAAGAAUUUGAUGCUGCAACAGAACAACAAAAUUUAAAUAAAUUUUAUUUAGAAAAAUUUGAUCAUCAAAGUAAAACUAAUGAAAAUAAAUAA